AUGGUUUUACGAGAGAAGCAAUUUUGUAAUCCAUUUCCAGACAUAUUUGUGUCAUAUCCUUAUCAACAAUACCCCUAUUUAUCUUACGGUGGAUACGCCAAUCCUUACCAAACAUCUCUCUAUGGUCAGCAGCAGUUAUUGGGUUAUCCGACCAGUAACUACUACAAUAAUGGAGGCAUCAAUCCAUAUUUAGGAACUGCAGCAACAAGUUAUUACCCUACUGCCACCGCUGCUAACACAGCUUACUUGGGUAAUACAGGCUAUUAUAAUGGCACCGGUUACGGUGGCUAUGGCUUAUAUGGUAACGGUAUGACAGGUUACGGAUCUGGAGGAUAUUACAUGCCUUAUUACAAACAGAGUACUUUACGAAAUAUUAUCAAUCGGAUUCGACAUGGUUCGAAUUAUGGGUAUUAUCCAGGUUACGAUUAUGGAAGACAUCAUUAUCAUGGAGGAAGUUGGCUUGAUUUAUAGUUAGUUUGGUUUUUUAGUAACCUCUUUUUUUUCGGGUUGACCUGCUACGUACAUAUACACGCACAUACACACACUCAAUACACGAUGCAUAAUAAGUAGAACACAUUUUGACACAUGAUAUAUAUCCACAAAAUUAGUCCUCACUGUUUCGAGAGAAAAAAAAAACCUUACGAUUGCAAAACGUGUAUAACAUCUCUCAUCUUUUCAUAUCUUUUUGGAAGGUUCAUCUGCCUUUCAAUAAACUGAAUACCAUCUACAUGUAUAACUUUCAGUCCUUUGACUUUUGCUACUAAGUUCAUGGAAAACAAGCACCUAAUUUAAUCCAUAGAGGAAUGUAUGUAUGCUGUGAAUAAAACUCUUUCCACCGUUUGCUGUAGAGG